GCGUCUGCUCCUUUUGCGUCACGGAGGGAUUUUCUUAUGACCAAAACCAAAUGCAGAGAUUUCAUACACAAAGACUUGAUCCUACAUAUACACAUUGAUUCACGGCCAAAAUUUUCCCAUAAUCUUAUCCUCGACUACUUCAGAUACACACUUCAUAAGAAAUAUCGAAUACAUCAAGCCUCGGCUUUUCCACUACAUUUGAAGAACUAUGAACAGAUACGAUCAAAACGAAACUUCUGCAACCCCAACUUCAUAUCCUCCUGGAACACAAGAAAACUCUGAUGGCCCAUAUGUUAUGGCACCUCCACCAAUGGGUUACCCUACAAAGGAUGGUGAUAAUCGAGGUAAUGCCCCUGUAGAGACGACAAACAGAGGCGAUGGCUGCUUGAAAGGAUGUCUUGCUGGUCUUUGCUGCUGCUGGUGUCUGGACAUUUGCUUCUGAUGAAAAGAAAAAGACUAUCGUUUCCAUAUAUAUUUUCACUAUGUAAUAUCUGUAGAGGGUGUAGUAAGCUGAUCGGUUACUUCAAUGUUUUUAUAUGUGUAAUUUAAUAAAUUUCUGUCUACUUCAUAUACUUUCUAUGCAGCAAUUAGGAUAUAUUUAUAGCAGUUCUUGUACAGCUUCUCAUUGAAAACAAGUAUAUAAAAUAAAAGAAAAAAGAUGGUUCUUCGUA